AUGUCUGGGCGAGGCGCGGACGAAGUUCACGCUGCUGCUGCCGCUGCGGAGGAGAGCCCCGCGUCUGAUGUGCCGCAGGGGCGGCGUCACGCGAGGUCGCAACAUGAUGGCGAUCCCACAGAACCCGCAACGCGGCGCCGAAGGUCCGAGGCGGCACCGCAGCGACCAAAGUGGACCCUUGACAGCCGUGUGCAGGAAGUCCUGAUGGAAGGAGAGGAGCCAAUCGGCGAGAUGACGUUGAACGAGUUCCUUCAGAAGUUCCUUGGCCGCAAGGAAGACGUGAAUGAAGGCAACAGUGCUUUGAUGCGGGUGGUUGCUCGUCACCCUUGCGGGUACGUGAAAGACAAGAAGCUUCUCAAGAAGAUUUAUAAUGUGCCGGAGUACCAGGCUCUGUUUUAUGCAUGCGAGCUUGAGGGGGAGGCGGUGGGCACCCUCCACGAGUGGAGAGAGCUUGGAACGCUGUGCGACGUCCCUCCUGCCGCACUGAGAAAACUCGACGCGGCCCUUGCGGAGGCGGAGGAAGAAAAGGAAAGACGGGACGACGACGAGAGGGCUGCGCGGGACGAGGAGAAGGCCAGACGACCGCUGCCGGAGGGCUUCUACGGCUCGGUGCUUAUGGCGAGGUGGAGUCACGUCUUGGGGUUUCCCGAGGGCGACGGAGGGAUGCGAAUGGAGGUGCACGAGGGCCAACGACCAACGCAGUCGUGGGUGUUCAAGCCUCGAGGCACACGCUUUGUGCUAAACAACGCCGCAGAGCAACUCUCCCCGCCGCGCCCCAGGUUGAUGGUACUCUCCUCCGCGCAGGGGUGGCCGCACUCGCUGCGGGAGGGGGCAGCUCCUACCGACUGCUACGUCACCGCCGGAGUGGAGCGAGUGUGGAAAAGCGUCGAAGGGACUCUUCACGAUAUGUUCGUGAGAGAUGUGCCACGUUUUUCCCACCCGAAACCAUUUUUUUUGCUUGGGGCAGAGGGGAUAGGGAAACCGAUGAACGUUGGCUUCUACCUCCUCUACAGGCUGCUCCACUACGACGCCGAGCAAUUCCAGGUGGUUGUCUACUGCUUUGGGGCGGCGUUGGCGUACGUGUUCGACAAGUCCACGGAGACGGUGACGGAGCACGAGGGCGAGUUCAACAUCAGAAGGCGCCUGGAAAGGUUGUCCUGGUAUCGGAGGACGGGGUAUAUGAUCUAUGACGCUUCAGAGGAAGAGGUACCGCCGUCGGUGAGAUUGCAGCUCGAUGGAUGGGACAUGGUUGUGCUGGCGCCCCCACGCAUAAGUAACUUCGACGCCUGGGAGGGCACAGUGCGUGCCCGUCGCCUCUUCAUGCGCAGCCCUGACAAGGACGAUGUGAAGGCGAUGUGUGCGUGGAGGACGCGUGAUCGCCCCGCAGAGAAGCAAAAGGAGUACUGGGAGAUGGUUAAAGGUCGCAUGCGCUUUCUUGGGCCGCUGCCGAGCUGCAUCCUCGAUGAGGAUGAGUGCGGUGAGCGCACCGAGGCGGUUGACGGCGCCCUGCAGGCGAGUACCGCCCCGGUUGCCGAGGAAGACUGUGCCCGGGAAGGCGAUGAGUUGCGGAGUGCGGGGAAUCCGUUACCGAGGUCUCUGGAGGUUGAGCGGGAGGGCGGGGAGCACGGUUGGGAGAUCAUUCGCACCGCACCGCCGUGUGACCACAUCGAGCAAAAAAAAUUGGACUCUUUGGCGGAGGUCGUGGGCCCCGCGGAGCCCCACUGGCCAUUGCCGCGGGCUUUUGGUUCUGCUUCAAGAUCCUGA